GAAGUCGCAGCAAGCCGAACCGGUUGUCAUAUGUUUGGUGUGUUGUUCCCGGUUGGUUUACGGCGACCGGUUCGUGAUAGUAUGUGUCGUCAUAUCGACCACGACCACGGCUUAUGAAUGGGUUCCUUUGGGGAGGGAGAUUGUGAGACGCAUGGCGGUGUAAGUUGAAUUGCCAACGGCGACUACAGUUCCAAAUAGUUUCUGCAAAUAGUGAGGAAGGCCUGCUAUGAGCAUUGAUUUGUGCGGUCAUUCGGCUCAGGAGAAAGAGUGGGAUAUCGAUUCGCUCGACGAUUGAAGAUCUGUUAGAUCCAUUAAAAGUGUAUGUGCCCUCUUUGGAUAGUGUCAUUGCACAAGAAGGAAUAGUGAGGGGUACAAAGUCGUGUCACGGUGCGGCGGUGGGACGAAGGACAGACAGACAAGCGAAAACAGAAGAAGAAUUUGCUGUUGGAGUUGCUGCGGACUGCGGAGAAGCAAUAAGUUACGGAGCAUAAAAGUUUUCGUGGCUGCCCAAGUGGAACACAUGAGAGCGAGCGGCAGCGUUCAGUGUGUAUGAAAAGUUACGAAAUCGCAUCGAGUCGCCUUGGCGAAUGAAAAGCUAAGCAAAACACAUUGGCGCAAAAUAAAAAAAAAACGCAAAAGCGCAACCAACUCAAGGUUGUUUGGAGGAAAACAAAUAGCCGGAGAAAAAACGAAGAAAAAUUCCGCGAAAAAGUUGGUACGAAAAGCAUAAACAGAUAGCGUGAAGAGCUGAAGCUGAUCAACCGAAAAAGAAGCGAAUAAACGAUUCUGCUGGCGGAUAAGCAAGCAAUGGAAAAAGUGCAAACGUGAGUGAGUGAGUGACGUGUGCGGUUGCGGUGAGACGCUACACAAUCAAGUAGGCGCGCAGAUUCAACACACCGCCAGACAGGGCAAACACGAAUAAGGAAACGUGCUGCUGUGCUGCCUGCGGUUGAUCUUCGGAGUGAGCGUCGUGAAGUGGAAAAUCGAGAUCUAGUGUGCGUGAUUGCAAAAAUAAAAUAACGCAAAUAAGAAAAAGAAGCCAUCAAAAACGGGUGUAUUACGUUACGAAGACGAGACGCGGGUGUUGGCGGAGUCAAAGUUGGAUUAAUUUUCUUCUGUUUGCGGUAUUCAUUCGCUCCAGCUGGUUUGAGUAGUGGCGUCGCCAUUUACCUUACGUGUUUGCAGCAGCCAGGCCGGCAGAAUCUACAGCCGUUCGCAGAUCACGUUGCAAACCACGUCCUACCAACCGAAGAUUUAUGAAAGCAAUCCAGUGGCAAGCAUCCACGAAAGACGCCAGUGCUCGAGACCACGAAAGCAAAGCUGGAAAAUUCUACGCCGAGUUUUUUUUUUCUCUGCUGCUGACGAUGCUCGGUCGAGAUUGUAGCUAGCUAGAUUCUCGUGGCAACCUCCACCGGUUCCAACCGUUUGGCGCGGAAAGUGCACUCGAUUACUAAAGCUAGCGAAAAAAUAAUUGCUCCGCUGAAAGUGAGAACAACGUGAGAAUUGCAUUUGGCAACAGUGGGCGGGAGCAUAGAAGAAAAAAAACGAGCUGGUGAUCGACGAGAAAAAUUCCCAUAUAAUUUUGCAACCACACUGUGUCGGGUGUCGGUUUAUGCCAGAGGGUGGGGAGGGAAAAUAAUGGCAUAAAAAUUGUAUCACUGAGCAGUCGAAAACCCGCACGAUGUACGAUUGUUGCUUCCUGUUGGGGAAUGGAUGGGCCUGGAUUCCGGAGGAGAAGAUCAAGCUUCAGCUUACGCAAUUGUGUCUCGCGUGCUAGAAAGAAAAAAAGUGAGUGGGCCCAGUUCGGGAAAGGAAGCCACUAUUUGUGUUAGAUAAUUCAGCUGCCGGUAUUCAUCAUCAAUCUCGUGAUCGUCACACAAUAGAUGAAAGUGAAAUCUGGGAAAAUUUUCGAAGCCAAGCCUCCCCCAUUCCAUGAUUAGUGCUGUGUGACGCAUACAAAGGGAACUCAGCAGCUGGGAAUGGAGUGACGGAAGUGACGGGAGAAGUGUUUGUGGAGAGAAGAGUUAGCUAAGAAGCUACUUGCCAUUGUGAAUGGAAGGAAAAAAUGUGUGGGUGAGCGGUGGUGUGGAAAAGUAAUUAUCGAGAUAAUAUGCAUUUUGCACAUUGUCCAAGUGAAGCCGCUGCUUUUGGUGUGAAAAAUUGGAGCAAUUAUUGUUGUCUCGCCGAGUGACUUAACAGCAAGCGCCGUCGUCGACUUCCUGCGGCGACUAGCAUUGAAUCAGAUUUCACACGACGUUGCCAUUGAGUGAGUUACGAUGCUUCUACAGCCUGAGCCUACGCUCAGUGCUGACCAGCCAUCCCAGCAGCAGCCUCAACCACCCUCGCAACUUCCUCUUCCUCCUCCAACGACGACGACGACAACUUCGACUGCUCAGCAGGUUCAACUUCCGGUGAAUUUGCUCUCCAGUCAGCAGCCCUCGUCGCUGACUUCGUCGUCCAGUGCGUCGUCAACGCCUCCGAUUCGGGACCCCAGUCGGUAUCUGGAAUCGCUGCAGGAAACGCUGAAGGAGGGCUGGACGGUUCACACGGCCAAGGAUGGACGGCUGUACUAUUGCAACCACGUAACCCGCACUGCAGGAUGGUUGCCACCGAUCGAAAAUUGGGUCCAAUCGAACGACCUGUCCUACGGCUGGGAAAAAGCGGUCGACCCCAAAGGGCAUCCCUACUAUAUCAACCAUCUGAACAAAACCACCACCUACGAGGAACCGGAGCGCUACCACUACAAUGAGUCGCCACCGGAACCGCGUCUGGUGGUUCUGCAUCGGAGUCCCACGCUGGGCUUCGGCUUCGUGGCCGGAAGCGAGAAACCUGUGAUUGUGCGGUUCGUGACCGAGGGCGGACCAAGUGUAAAUAAGCUGGAACCGGGUGACCAAAUAUUAGCUGUAAACGGCGAGGACGUCAAGGACGCACCCCGCGACCAUGUGAUACAAUUAGUUAGAAAUUGCGAAAAUUCCGUAACGCUGCUGGUGUGCCAACCGCAGCUCUAUAAUGCCGUCGGCCGGAAGUCAACCCUGCUGUCGGCCGGGAAGAAGGCCAAGCUGAAAUCACGCCCCACCCGAGUGCGGUUCGCCGAGAGCGUGUGCGUUAAUGGGGCGCCAUUAUUUCCGCCAUCUGCAUUCUCCUUGGGGGACCUUUGCGUACCACCAAUGGCAAACGUGCUCAAAGUUUUCCUGGAGAAUGGUCAAACCAAAUCCUUCAAGUACGAUUCGACCACAACCGUACAGGAUGUCGUCACAUCACUACGUGAUAAACUUUGCCUAACCGCUAGCGAGCAUUUCAGUCUGGUACUGGAGCACGUCAAGAGCUUGAAACGGAACAAGUUGACCCUGCUGGACCCACAGGAAACCGUUGCCAGGAUAGCGGCCCGGCCCGGUGCCCACAAGCUGCGCUGUCUGUUCCGGGUUACGUUCGUGCCAGUUUCGGCCGCCGCCUUGGCCCAGAAGGAUCUGAACGCGCUGGACUAUCUGUUUCUCCAGUGCUGCAACGACGUGACGCAGGAACGGUUCGCGCCGGAACUGCAACCGGAGGUGGCGCUUCGGCUGGCGGCGCUCCACAUGCAUCAGCACGCUCUGGCCAACAACAUUUCGCCCGCCAAGCUAACGGUGAAAACUGUAGAACGAGAGUUUGGACUGGAUCGCUUUGUGCCUGCUUCCUUGAUCGAUGGAAUGAAACGCAAGGAACUCCGCCGUCUGUUGGGACAUUUUCUCAAGCUCAACUCCCAGAUGACGGGCUCUUCGACGAAGAUGUUAACGCAAUUACAGGCGAAAAUUCAUUAUCUGGAUAUAAUCUCCGGGCUGCCGAGUUACGGUGCGAAAUGUUUCAGUACCAACCAGCGAGAUGGCGUUGAGCGGGUCCUGCUGGUUAGCCCUCGCUUCGGGCUCAGCCAGAUUGCCGGCGUGCGGAAUACGGUGCCGCAACCGAUUUGCAAUCUGGAGGAUCUGACCCGCGUUGUGGUGACCCGAGAUGACGACGUCUCCAACACGGUAACCGUGUUCAUAAAUCCCGACCGAGUGAUCAACUUCUCGAUGGAAGAUAGAGACGCCUGUGAAUUUGCCAUCGUUCUCGCCGGGUACUAUCGACUAAUGGCCGGCAAAGAACUCACACUGGAGCAGGAAAGGGAGACCACGGUGGAAGAUCUGGCACCGCCCUAUCUUUCGCAGCACACGGUACUGCACGCUAGCUGGAGUUAUCUUCCGUCGGAGAAGCAAACCCACAGUAUGGCCUUCCUGAUGCCGCCGCCAUAUCAUUCAACCAAGACGGUGUACAUUCCGUCGAAAUCGGAAUCUGAUUGCGACCGGAACAUGAACAACACCCUCACGUCGAACAAGAACCUGAAGUUGGGCGGUCACGACGAGUAUGGUUUCGAGUUGCGCCAUCCGCGAGUAUCUAGGGACGGGUUGGAGCAUGGAGCUGGUGGAGGUUCCAUGAAGCAUAAUAUGUCCGAGGCACGCAAUGAGGAAGUUUUGCGAAGAGUGGCCGAAAUGCAGAAAAUGGUGGAGAGUUCGGAACGAUAUCUCAAUGAGCACGGAGAAUACUGUCACGAGUUUGACGUACGGCCUGGCAAGUUGAACCUUUGGCGCGAGACUUCCGUUGACGUUGAAAGUGACUGCGAAAGCUUAAACAGCAGUAAGCAGUCCUCUAAUGAAGAUGCCCCAGGAGUACUUCGACACAGUGACUCGCUCACUCUGCUCUCCGAAACGAUCAACCAAGGCCUGGAUGGCAUUGCCAAAGGUCUUAACUCAAUCUACACUGCACCAUUCAGUGAAGUUAAUGGCCGGCUGGACAAUAACUCAGCGCAGAGUACUCCUAAAACUCAACGGAAAGUUCAAGGCCUCAGUCAAAUCCUCAGCGACCUGCAAGCACUUGGAAACGACCUAUCGCAAAGUGAGAGCGACUCGGAGUCGUUGUACACACCGAACAGUUCACCGAUUCACAAUAAAAAUGCAAACCAGAUGCCUCAAACUAGCCUAAGAAAUAAGACUCUCCGAACAAGUUUCGGUCUUCACAGCCCGGACAGUUCAGUUCUCGGUUGUGAAACAAAGGAUAUGAAUCUGAAGGAGUAUCUACGUCAACUAAAGGAGGCGAGUAGUGGUGACAGUGCGGGAAACACGGAUCUAGCUGCUAAGAAGAUUGCAGAGCUGUACGGAUACGAAAUCGGCGAGGAAACAAUUAUUGAAACUGAUCCAGAUAUUAUUGAUCUUCGCUCGAUUCCUCCUCCACAAACUCCAGACGAGUUGGAUAACCUGAACGUGUUAAACGUGCCUCCAACAGGAUUUGAUGACGGUUCAACCUCAGUCCCAGCAGCACAGGACACAUCCAAUGUUGACACCGUUGUAGGUGAUCUCGAAGAGUUCCUCAAAAAGGUAACCAUAGAACCCCCUACGCAAAAGAUAACUCCAGCCGUAGAGUUGACCCCCGAGGAGAUCCUGUCUUACAUCAUUCCUCCUCCGCCGGGCCUAGCCGAUUCCGAACCAGGCACGAAUCAAACCAAACCAUCAGCACUGAAAACCAACCCUUCCAGCCUCCAUCAAAUUGCAAACAACAAUACUACCAAUGCCAAGAACCUCAACCACGUCGAACAGCCAGUUCCAAGGCCUAGAAUCAACACCGAGACCAACUCAAUCAAUCUGCUGGCCAAGUACGACAAAUCCCGAUUUGAAGUCUACUAUCCUCCAGAGAUGCGAGAAGAAAAGUCCACCGAGUACGACCUGUAUAGCAACAGCGAGGCGGCUAACGCCAACAAUUCAACCAUUCAAUCCGAGAAAACCAAUGGUCACGUUAUAGAAUAUCCAACCGUAGAUAGAAAAGGCCCAUUCUCCUGCUGUACAAAAACGAAAAAAGAAAAGACUGAAGAAGCCUCAGACCAACAAGCACCCAACGGGGCACUCAAUAACGAUUCCCUUGCUUUGCCUCCAAAACGAUGUCCUCACACUCCCGAAAAAAGUCCCCCCCCUGAACGACCUCCUAAAAGCGCCGAACUUCAACUCAAGCUGAACUCUCCCGUGCGCUCUCCCAACUACGCCAAAACCAACGGCAACUCAGGAAACUACUACGAAAUGGAUCCACCAUCGCUGCCACCGCGGUUCGAAAAACAAUCCACCUCUCCUCCUCCGGUCAUCCUCUCUACACUGCCCCCGAAGAAACCCCCGUUACCUCCCGUCCCUCAAAAACCCUGCAUUCGUAGUCCUGUCCCUAUUCUCAAAAACCCCAUCACGUUUACUCUAUCAACCUCAGCCAACAAUUCUCCAGUCCGAACGGCUGGUAUCGGUUCGCCACACUUACACCGCAAUCCAAAUUGUUAUAGGGAAAUUGAACGAGCUUUCAACCGUGACGAACUCUCCGACAAAUCCUCCUCCCCGGUGACGCAUUCCAUGUCGCCAACACCGACCAACCGUCAGAACGGACACUACCGAUCCCACAGCGACUGUCCACCGGUUUGCCUGAAGAAUCCCUCUUCCGAGAACAAGCCGCAACUUUCCCUGCUCUGCUCGCCUCAGAUGUCCCGCAAGACCAACCUGAGCAACCCGGGCAGUCCAAUCUUGUCCAACAAAAACGGUCAUAUCCUGAACGUGGACACUCUGAUGUCCAAGACGGACGUUGCCAUGGCUGGUCUCCUUGUCAAGCUCGAUCAAGUGGCGGCGAUGUGCUCCGCUGCGCAAACGGCCGGCGGCGGCACCAGCAUCGACGAGGAAAAGUUCCAACGGGCCAAGGACGAGCUCACCGACCAGUCUCUGCAUCUGGUAACGUCAUCCAAGCACCUGGUCGUGUCCAUGUCCGAUGCCAAUCUGACCAACCUACCGGAACACCUGACGGCGUGCCUCUCGGCGCUUCGAAGAAUCACCGAGCUGGCGCAGGACCUGACCAGGUACACCUCGGCACCGCUGCAAACCAGGAACAUUGUGCUGAAGAUUCACGACGUGGCGUCCAGCUUCCGGGAGUUGGCCUGUGUGCGAGUUGGCCCGCAGGGUGCCGGCCAGCUGGCACUGCAUGCCGAGUGUUUGGCCAAUGUGCUGGCCACACUGCUACGCAGCUUGAGGGUGUUCUCUCCCUAGGGGUACGCCGACAGCAGCGGCGGGGAGGACGGUUGCUGUUUCGUUUGUAAAUAGGGGUAGGGGUAGGGUUGGUGUGUUAGGUUAGGUCGUAAGUUCUCUACGGUAAUUAUUCUGUUGAAGAAGUUGAAAGUUAGGGCAUCUUAUUGAUUUAGAAGGUAAUGUUAUUUAUUAGACUUUUAGAUGCGUUGAUGAUCUUAGAUCUGUUGAUACGGUUAGAAUGAUUUAAGUUGGUUUGCACGCGUUGAUGGUAUGACGGAACUUGGGUUACGUAAAAUAAUGAGUUGUAAAAAUAGUGUUCGAAUCCUUUAUUUAAGGUUCACGGAGAAGACUUUCAAACUACUCGGAGAAGCCUUUUGAGCCUCUUGGAGAAGUCUUUCAAGCCUCUCAGAGAAGCCCUUCAAGCCUCUUGGAGAAGCCCUUUAAGCAUCUCAGAGAAGUCUUUCAAGCCUUUUGGAGAAGUCUUCCAAGCUUCUCGGUGAAGCCUUUCAAGCUUCUCGGAGAAGCCUUUCUAACCUCUUGGAGAAGUCUUUCAAGCUUCUCGAAGAAGCCUUUCGAGUUUCUCGGAGAAGCCUUUUAAGCUUCACAGAGAAGCCUUUCGAGCUUCCUGGAGAAGCCUUUCAAGCCUCUUGGAGAAGUCUUCCAAGCUUCUCGCAGAAGCCUUUCUAGCUUCUCGGAGAAGCCUUUCAAGCUUCUCGGAGGUGCCUUUCAAGCCUCUUGGAAAAGUCUUCCAAGCUGCUCAGAGAAGCCUUUCGAGUUUCUAGGAGAAGCCUUUUAAGCUUCUCGAAUAAGUCUUUCAAGCCUCUUGGAGAAGUCAUUCAAGCUUCUCGGAGAAGCCUUUCAAACUACUCGGAGAAGCAUUUUGAGCCUCUUGGAGAAGUCUUUCAGUCCUCUCAGAGAAGCCUUUCAAGCCUCUUGGAGAAGCCCUUUAAGCAUCUCAGAGAAGCCUUUCAAGCCUUUUGGAGAAGUCUUCCCAGCUUCUCGGAGAAGCCUUUCAUGCUUCUCGGAGAAGGCUUUCAAGCUUCUCAGAGAAGCCUUUCCUGCUUCUCAGAGAAGCCUUUCAAGCUUCUUGGAGAAGCCUUUCAAACCUAUUGGAGAAGUCUUUCAAGCUUCUCGAAGAAGCCUUUC